UGAUAUCGUAGUGUUCUUGGUUGGCAUGCAAUUCAGAGAUAUAAAAUUCGUUGAAGGCCACAGUGAAAAGUGAUGAAAGUGAAAUGUACGUUUCCAAUACGAAAAAAUCAACGCCGGAAAAAAAAAAAUCUCGUCAAAUUUGAGGAAGGAGGACCGGGAAGAGCACGCAAUAAGAAGGACAGAAUUCCAACUACGACCGCCCAGUAGAACACAAGCUGAAGCAGGUUUCCACUCUCUCACGCUCCUUGUUAAUUCGCCCUCAGCCGCCGCCCCCUCAAGCAGGGUUUCCGGUUUCGGCAGACUAAACGGCGGAUGCUUUGAGGGGAGAAAUUAGGUAUUUUUGAUGGAGAAUCUUUUGCAGCACCAGAACUCCACGGCCGUGUUCCAGAGGCACUACCGGAGCUGUGUGUGGGACUGGCCGCUGCGGAUUUUCGACUUGCACCACCGGAUCGGCGUCAGAAAGCUGCUCGACGACGGCAAUCAUCGCAGCGGCAGCAGACCUUCUGGGAGAGAUAAGAACAAGAGGUUCUAUCUGCCUCUGAGAGUAAAUGAGCAUGACAAUGUGGAUGAUGAAGCAAGAGUCCCUAUCUUAAACAAGGCCAACCAGCCAAAAAGAAGUUCAGGCAAGGCUCUUGUCAAAUCUUUGAUCGUAAAGAAACUAUUCAGGAAGCAUCUUCAGAAACAAAAGUCGGUGACACUGCGCUUAACGCGCACCAAUUCCAUUCAUCGCUCGGAGUUCAACGACAAUGUUCCUCCAGCUGAAAGCACAGAAUCUUCCAAAAGAAAGGAAACCAGGAGGAAUGGCACCAUCAAAGGAGUAAGUUUUGCUAGUCAAACCGAGAUCAAAGGUUUAGUCGCACAAAAUGAAGAAGUGGUGGAAGAAUCAGUUGAUAGGCUGGGAAGAGAAACCAACAACAUCCAGUCUCAUGAUUUUGCCAGAACAAUGGAGCUAUUUAGUGUACAGAAUGAGUCAUUCUCAGAAAUGAUUGAUGAUCCCGACACGUUGAAGAAUGUUAUGAAGGACUUUCGCAGGUCAAGUUCGCAGGAAUAUGUUGCCAUGGGUUCACCAAAUCUCCUACAAAAGUCAUUUAAGCAUAGGCUGGCUGAGCUUGAUGAGCAUAAUGCUCAUAAUAGUUCAGAUUUCUUGUCUAGAUCAUCUCUUGAGUCCCCAAGACAAGUUUAUCAUGUAACCGGUUUGAGUCAUUCUAAUAAUGCUAAUAGACAUGUGAGAGAUGCAAUCGUUCGCAAGAAGGAGAACCGCCAUGUUUCCAUGGAUGGACUUCUCCAUAAGAUCCCUUAUGGCCAGACACUACCUGUAACUGGAGAUGGCAUGAAAGAGAUGUUACUCCGAUCUGCCUCAGCCAGAUCUUACAGAGAAGGCAAAAGUGAUAGUCCUGUUGCUCCUUCAGAAGUACACUCUCAAAGAUUUAGAAGAUCUCAUUCACUUAGUGAGCCCUCAGAUUUGUAUCAACAUACAUUUAAGCCCAGUUCAACUGGAGAAUCUAAAAGACUUUCGCAGAGUUUGAUGCCAAUUGAAGAGGAUCAUGGAACUAUGUUGUUGAAACAAAGUACACCUAGUGAUCCUUCAGGUAUGGAUGAGGCAGUUGACUUGGGAAAUGAACUUCUGAAUAUCAAGUCCAGUUUUGAACUUGAUACAACUCUAGCACAAACUUCAGUUGAAAGUGCUGAUGCAACAAUUGUUGGAGGACAGUUGCCAAGUAUAUCGAAUGAACUCAUAGACGAUGAAAUGAGCAGUGUUUCUGGUACAUCUGAGACAAGUAUUGGCUGCAUCACGUUGCGUAAGCAUGGGUCUAACAUCGAGCUUCAAAAGUGUGAUGUUGAUGAAGUUUCAGAUUCACCACAGAUGCAAGAUAGCUCUGUUGCAAUUGAAGUGGAUUCCAUUGAUGAGUCAAUUACACCAAGCUCAACUUCUGUUAUUGACUUGGAUCCUAAAGUUGAUCUUCUCAGACCAACAAAUUUCGAGUUACCCCGAGAUCCAGAGACUGACACAGGGAGUCUACAUGUUGAGGGACAUGAUUUUCUGGGAAUAACAGACAAUGAAUUCAGCUUCAAUAUUAUUCAUGCGAUGAGUGAUGGCAGCCAGAGUUAUGAUGAAAGAAAGCCAAAAAGUUUUGUGGUCGAUGACAAAUCUCAAACUCACCUUGAUCGUGAAGCUAAUGCUGAUUUCGACUAUGUCAGAAAUGCAUUGACAAAAUCUGGUAUCAUUGGUAUUGAGUAUGCUGGAGCACAGCUAGUUGGCCCUUUACUUUCUCAAGAGUCGUGUGAGCCAUCUGAUUAUCUUGAGUUUGCAUCGUAUGAUUCUUCAGAUGUUUCUCCUCAUCACCAGCUCCUAUCCGAUAUGAUCAAUGAGAUCCUAUUGGAACUAUAUGAAAGAUUCUCAUUCCAAAGCUGGUUCUCACACUUCGACUCCCAGCUUAGAACACUGCCAAUGGAGUCCAAUGUGCUUGGGGAGGUCUGGAAAAAGAUCACUAUACAUCUUAAUUCACAGUCACAACCAAAUCUCAUGUGUCAAGAUUCUGUGGCUCAAGAUUAUGUCAAGGAUGAUGGAUGGUUGAAUUUUCGACCUGAUGCGGUUUCUCUUGGUGUUGAGAUAGAGAGCUUUGUAUGGGAUGAAUUAUUAGAGGAGUUAUCUUUUGAAUAUCUGGAAGAUAUCUGAAACCCUCUUUUCAUUUCUUCCCAUUGUAGCUGUUUGCAAUCAUUCUCUAUGGUUACAAGUUUCUCUGAGUGAGGCCAUAAAAAUGUCUGCCUACAACAGAAACUAUUUCGAUAGUUCAUAUUUGUACAGUGUCAAAAUUCUUGUAUUGUAUGCUUUGUUCUUUGGCAAUGGAUAAAAUACGUUUGUUGUGGAGGA